UUAAUGUCGUUUAUUUCUAGUGUUAAAAUGUCUUUUAUACAUCAAUUUGCACCACAGAAAUUAAAUAAUAAACAAGACUUGUUGAACUGAGUUGUUUGUCUUCGUCUACUUCCAGAAUUUCUCUCCUUGUGAUUUCCAUGCUUUGCGUUGUUUUGACUAUCACCUUAGCCUGCUAUGUCUAUCGGUACAGGAAAUUGAAAGUCAUCAAAGUGGCUAGUCCUGUGUUCCUGUGUAUCACUCUACUGGGCUGCGCCAUUAUGUACACAGAGAUGGCGGCCAUAUUUCCUGUCCUUGACGUUUACAGUUGUGUAGCCACCAAGUGGACACGUCAUAUGGGGUUUUGUCUUACGUAUAGUGCUUUGUUAUUGAAAACUUGGAGGGUAUCCUUAACGUACCGUGUGAAGUCCGCCCACAAGUUGAAACUAACAGAUAGACAGCUUCUCCAGUGGUUAUUUCCUAUCCUUUUCAUCAUGGGAAUCUACCUGGGUUCGUGGACUAUCUCUUCACCCCCUGAGGCCAUCUAUAUCCACGACUGGUUCAACUUAAAAUUUCGCCAGUGUGACUAUAACUGGUGGGACCACAGUUUAGCCAUAGGAGAAUUCCUCUUUCUGCUUUGGGGGAUCCGUGUUUGUUACAACGUUCGAAACGCCGAAUCCUUCUUCAAUGAGGCGAAACACAUCAGUUGGGCCAUCUACAGUAUUACUUGUGUCAAUAUUAUCAUGGUUAUGAUACAUCUAGUGAUUCUACCAAGUGCUGAUCCCGAUGUAAAAUACCUAUUCGGUUUUAUUAGAAUCCAGUUGAGUACAACAGUCACCAUCAUUUUUAUCUUUGGCCCUAAGUUUUACCGGGUAGUUAAAGGUCAAGGAGACACAUGGGACAAUCGUGCCCGGGCUCGUGGGGUAACGGCAUCCUUCUCACUAAAUGGAGUAGGACUGGUGCAUGAAGAAACACCAGAUUUGUAUCAAGAAAACGAAGAGCUGAAGGAGGAGGUCCAAAAACUAGCAGCGCAGGUUGAAUUCAUGCGGAUUGUUCACAUGGAAAUGAACAACCGCCACCUGAAGCCAAAACAUGGGAGUUUUUUCAAUCAAUCCAACACAGCCCAGAGUCCUGUAGUCAAGUCAAUGUAUAUGAAGUUUGACAGCACGGAUUCUCCUGGAUCCAGAAUCUGCCCAGCGGCAGAACUAAUCAGUGAAAGGGUUUGAAGGUAUCUUCCGAAAAAUCUGAAUCGACAAGCAUAUAAGCAUGCUAAAAAAAGUAUGGCUUAUAAAAUUAAAAAGAUCUGAUUUGGACUGUUUAAUGCUCCGUGUCAGUUUGGAAAGGCUUUUGUGUGUCUGCAGUUUUAUGAUACGAUGAUAUUGAAAUAAAACGGAAAUUCAGGGUCAGAACAGACCAUCAAGGUUAAAGUAAUUGGAAAAUGUCUUUGACCUGUUGUCGCUAUAAGCGAUUAAGAAUUAUAGCCUUGGUGGUAGCCACGUACACAGAUGGAAUUGUAUGAAUGGACAUGGUAAAUUAUUUGUGAUGGUACGUCAGUACAUUCUCCCAAGCUAGUUAUUUUAAAUCCAAUCUUUAAGACAACUAAAGGACCGAGGGCUAUCUGUGGAGAAAUUUAAAAUGUUUCAGUAGAUAUGUUUUGAAAAAUUAAAUCAAAAGUAAUAUUUUGAAAUGUUUUAGUUUACAAUUAAGAAACUUUUUUUAAACUAAUGGAGAGGCAAUCAUUUCGUACUGUCGCCUGUUGCUCUAACAUGUAAGGCGUGUGACAUUGUAUAACUUCAGGCGUGAGUAAAAUAGCCAGUUCCUGUGGUGAUAAUAAUAAUAAAAUAAGGAUCAGUGGAUUGGCAUACCGGCUCGAUCGAUACAGAAGGAUUCGUUGACUGAACAACUGUUAGAAACAAGGACGAAAUUCGUGUUGAUUUAACAUUAUUGUCGUUGAGGUUGUCCUUGUCUUGUCAGACACAGUGAAUGAGUUAUUAUUUCCUUAUAAAUAUUAAAAGACUUGUUGGUGAAGUAAUAUAUGUAUUCGUGUACGUGAACAUUUUUUCCCGAGAUUCUUAUAUCACUUAGAUAACUACUGCUGGUGACACUGAAAUUUCAGAUAGACGACUUGACGUUUGUAGUGUGACGAAGGAUUUCAAAUCUGAUAAAUGUUUGGAAAAGCCGAGUUUACAUUAAAAUUUAGAGCUCUAUAAGUGUCUAUGUUGUAUUCAUACAUGUAUAAAUAGUGGUUUUGUUUUACAAUCUAUACCUGACAGUUUGUUUCAAAGAGUCGCUGGUUAGGCAUCUUCUAACCGCUAUAAGGAGAAAAAGAAAUAUGUAUUAAUUUCUCUAUGUAAUGUUCAGUUUAAUAUCAUGUCAUUAACUCAACUAACAAAUGAUCAUUCCAUACAAAUAACAGGUGUUUUACGCACAGUAGAUCAAAUGUGUACUUUUCGUAAAAAUUGUGGUUUGAGAAAAGGACUUGUUAUUUCAAUUGAUGACAUCUCAAUCAGUUCAUGCAUCAUGUAUAAAACUGCUUUUAUUAUAUUUUCUCUACAUGCCAUAUACAGUACAGGGUGAUUAUAAAGAGUAACUCCACAUUUGAAAUUUAACUUUUUAAUUCUCUCCUUAACCCUAGGAUAUUGUGAAGAUCAAUGAAUAUUGUUUAGAACAAUAAUGCAUGAAGUGGCUUCAUUUAUGGGUAAACCUGACAUGAUCGAAAAUGACAGAAAACACACUGAACAUCGUCUGUGAUAACUUCUGAAACAGCUUAUAAAAUAUCCAAACAUUCCUUAAUAAAACGCAUGAUUAUCAAUAUGUAUCUGAAAGAAUUUCAUACCCCCUAGGGACAGUAGUUUUAACGAUAAAAUCUUCUUAGAUAUGGGAUUUUAUUUAUAAUCACUCUGUACACAUUACUAUAGUUAAAAGUUACAAUCUAAGUCUCGGCCUCACUUUAAAAAAGGAGUCACUAAUCAUUACCUGAAUAUUGAAAAUUUUAAAUAUGGACGUAUUGUAUAUUGCAUAAAGAGCUUAGUAGAAUAUAUGAUUGCCUUGACUAGCACAGAAGCAAUUUCAAUUUUGGGGCUCAUAAGACCCCAAAUUCCGCUUUCAUUUUUCUUUCACUUGAUAUAAGCAUGCCAUCCAAUAAGUACUAACUAGAUAAACUGUUUAACAUAAAAAAAAACAACAACAAAAAAAACAAAAAAAACACUAAAGCAUGUUACUUAUUAAUUUACUUAACUGUGUAACUGUAAGAUUUUUUUGUAUUUUUUUUUACUUUAGUGAUGUUGUUACGUAUCACAAAAAUUAAUCCAUUGUGGGACCCUAAUGGUUUAUAUAUCUGAUGUUUAAAAAAAGUCACUUCUGCUGAUAAGUCGAAUAUGUUAUGAUACCAUCAUGACCACACUACAUGGUACCUUUGGGUUAUCCCUCUAAAUCUAUUGAAGCAGGCUUGAAGAAGUCAUUGCAAUGCGUAUGUUGUCUUUACUAGUGGUCAAGUUGGUUUACGCGUCGACUUUCGCAACAUUGUGUUCAUAUGUUUAUUGACGUAGUUGUAGGCAGUGGAAGUGACUUUUGAAACACCCGGUUUACAAGUUUUAUGCCUUUGGGGUCUGCAGAACUUUCAUCUUUUACGUAAUGCUAUAAAUUUUCUUUUAUAUCACGAAUCUAAAUCUUUUUUUUUUUUU